CACCAAGGUUUUUCUUGUCAGAAGCUGGAAUUUAGAACAUAUCUUUGAUCUGAAACCUCAAAUGUCCACCCAAAAUCCCAGAGCACUGGUGGCAGUGCCCAGAGGGCCGGCCAAUCGAUCACGAGGUGACCGGUCAGGACCUCAAUCUCGAAGAACCUCGUUGCACUCAAGAGCAGGAGGAGUUUCUAGAGAUGAGCCAGGUGAUGCGUUGCAUUUACCACGAGCAACCGUGACCAAGAGACGGUUCAAGCCGGGUACAAAGGCAAUAAGAGAUAUACGGAAGUUCCAGAAAAGUACUGAUUUGUUGAUUAGAAAACUUCCGUUUGCCAGGCUAGUCAAAGAGAUAGCCGAGAACUUUAUCGGUAUGAACUACGGGAUCAGGUGGCAGAGCAAUGCGGUGUUGGCGUUGCAGGAAGCGUGUGAGGCGUACUUGGUUCAUUUGUUGGAGGACACCAAUUUGUGUGCCAUUCAUGCUAAGAGAGUGACGAUUAUGCAGAAGGACAUUCAGUUGGCCAGGCGGAUUCGGGGAUAUAUAUAGGUAAAAGUUAUAGUUUUGUAGGUUAUAUUGAAUAAAGGUUGAUGAGUAAAUAGGGAGAGACAACUCCAAACGCCCAGAUCCUCUAUCGGCCCCUCGUUCGUCCUGUGGCUUGAAUCCAUCAAUUGACCCAUACACCCAUAAAAAACAAAGAGCACAGCGCUCUGACCCAUACACCCACGACACAAAGAAUACAGCGUUCUGACCCAUACACCCACAACACAAAACCACCACCCUAGUAGCCCCUUCCGCACAUUCCCAGGCUCUGCGAUAAGCAGUUGUCUAGGCGGCUAGUAACCCCUAUUCUCAACCGCCACGUCCAAUUAAAAUUGUUUUUGGCUCCCUCUUACCAGCCUAGUACUAUAGCACCAGUAUCCAACCCCCAGACGUAUCACCUACCGGGACCUUUCGCUUCACCAUCAUCUACAUCCUGAC